AUGGCAUAUAAAGCUGGCGGAGGAACGCCGCAGAGAAUGCCCAACAGCACCAACAAGUCGAAAAAUUUUCUACCUUUGAAGAUCGCAUCAAUGUCCACCACACUGCCUUGGAAUCCGUUUCUUGUUUGUCAGAUAGAAGUCAGCCCCAAUGGCGGUCCUGGCUUCUGUUGCGGGAUGACAAAGAAAGGCGCUCCGUGCAAAAACUCGAUCAAACUUGAAGACACCAAGUUAGGCCAUCAAAAGCUUAACUCUCUCACCAGAGAGCCGUUCCAAUUGUCAACAUUGCAACCCAAGCUUUGCGCUAUUGCCAAAGAAUUCCUCUGCGCGAGAUGGCACCGGCAGCGGCAGGCCGAACAAGUUGGCCAGCAGUGGUAUGAAGCAGCCGUCCGCAACCAGGCGCGAAUACCUCAUGACUCUAGAGUUGUCACUCCAUCCAUUGUGCAUCCGCGCCAGCGUCAGACGUCGUCAGCCUCCAGGAGACGCCUGGUGGAAUCAGACAACAGACAAGACCCGACGGUGCCCCUGUCGACUAGCCCUGCGCCAGUGCAAUCAAUCAAUCCCUUUGUGACUGCCGAAAUGCUGCGGACCAACAGUGUAUCAUGGCACGUUUCGCCGGCUCGACCCGCUAUCCUGACCUCGGUCACUAAUAUCUGGGCCGGUGUCCAGGACUUGUCGCUGCAGAACCUCAGCUUGAGUGAAGAUGUCGACGAGAUUCACUGUGUGUUUUGUUUGGCUGAGGACGAGGAACAAGCAACCGAAUGCGUGAUCCUGCGUUGCGAUCAGUGCCGAGCGCAGGCCCAUCUAUCCUGCGCGGAAGAGUGGUUGGAAAAGCGACGGGCAGGCUUUGGCACGUCAUGCUGUGUGUGUCGAAACGAAGGAAGUCUAGACGCUUUGAUUCGUCCAGUCCGAGUCCCCUCGGCAAGCGAGCCAUCAGCCAAUAGAGAGCCUGUCACCGUCAGGAAUUCAGCACCAAACGAACCUCGUCAGAGUCAGCUGCCUCAGCGAUCAACGGGAUCCCCACGGGUGUCAGUCGAGCAGAGUGGGCCCCGUCGCUCAGCCAGAGUGGCAGGGGCUCAUCUACCGCGAGAGCCGUCUACCUCUGCACCGCUUCGCCGGUCGGCACGACUGAAUUCCACCCAGCGUAACUGA